AGACGAAACAUCGGCAAACGAGCCGGACAAUAUUUCUCUCAACUUUUACAGCAGUGGCGAGAUUUACCGUUUCAGCUUCUGACUGUCCAGCAGUUUGCUUUUAAGGCUCCUUGUUCACAAUAUGGCUCCAACCAUCCACGGGUACUCUUCGGAAACAGCAUGCAGAUGUCCAUUGGAAGCAGAGCUGCGAGAAGUGCUGCAGCAAAGGAUCAUGGUCCUGGAUGGUGGAAUGGGGACGAUGAUCCAGCAGAAGAAAUUGGAGGAGGAAGAUUUCAGGGGGGAAGAGUUUAAAGAGCAUCGCCUCCCAUUGAAGGGCAACAAUGACAUGCUUAGCAUCACACAGCCAGAUAUUAUUUACCAAAUACACAAGGAGUAUCUGCUAGCUGGAGCUGACAUUAUAGAGACCAAUACAUUCAGCAGCACCAGCAUCGCCCAGGCUGACUAUGGACUGGAGCACAUGGCUUAUCGCCUCAACAGGGCGUCGGCGGAACUGGCCAGGAGGGUGGCUGAGGAUGUCACCAAACAGACUGGUUGUAAACGCUAUGUGGCUGGAGCAGUGGGUCCCACUAAUAAAACCCUUUCUGUGUCACCCUCUGUGGAGAGACCUGACUUUAGGAACAUCACUUUUGAUGAACUAGUAGAGGCCUACUCAGAGCAGGUCAGGGGUUUAUUAGACGGAGGAGUAGACAUCCUUUUGGUGGAAACCAUAUUCGACACUGCCAACGCUAAGGCAGCCUUGUAUGCCAUCGACCUGCUGUUUGAAAAGGGCUACGAACCAAAACCUGUAUUUGUCUCAGGGACCAUAGUUGACCGGAGUGGACGUACUCUGUCUGGCCAGACAGGGGAGGCAUUUGUGGUCAGUGUAAGCCAUGCUAAACCACUAUGUAUUGGCCUGAACUGUGCUCUGGGGGCAACAGAGAUGAGGCCAUUCAUCGAGGCGAUGGGAAAAAGCACCACAGCGUUCAUACUCUGUUAUCCUAAUGCAGGUCUUCCCAACACAUUUGGAGGAUAUGACGAGACCCCAGAAGUAACAGCCAUGAGCUUAAAGGAGUUUGCUAAGGACAGACUGGUGAACAUUGUGGGAGGUUGUUGUGGGACUACUCCAGGACACAUCAGAGCCAUAUCUGAGGCUGUAAAAGACUUACCACCAAGAAGACCCCUUGCUGACAUUCAUCAAGACUAUAUGCUCCUCUCAGGUUUGGAGCCUUUCAAGAUUGGCCCUUACACCAACUUUGUGAACAUUGGUGAGCGCUGCAACGUGGCUGGGUCACGCAAGUUCGCUAAGCUGAUCAUGGCAGGAAACUAUGAGGAGGCACUAAGUAUUGCUAAGGGCCAGGUAGAGAUGGGAGCCCAGGUCCUUGAUAUAAACAUGGAUGAAGGAAUGCUUGAGGGGCCAACAGCAAUGGCCCGAUUUUGUAACCUCAUUGCAUCUGAACCAGACAUUGCACGGGUUCCUUUGUGCAUUGACUCCUCUAACUUCUCAGUGAUUGAGGCAGGGUUGAAGUGCUGUCAGGGGAAGUGUAUAGUGAACAGCAUCAGUCUCAAAGAAGGGGAGGAGGAGUUCCUAAGCAGAGCUGCCACUGUGAGGCGUUAUGGGGCUGCCGUGGUGGUCAUGGCCUUUGAUGAGGAGGGGCAGGCCACAGAUACAGAGCGUAAAGUGGAGAUCUGUACUCGAGCUUACAAGCUGCUGGUCAACAAUGUAGGAUUUGACCCCAAUGACAUCAUAUUUGAUCCCAACAUCCUCACCAUUGGCACAGGCAUGGAAGAGCAUAAUGACUACGCAAUCAACUUCAUCACAGCCACCAAGGUUAUCAAGGAGACAUUACCAGGAGCCAGGGUGAGUGGAGGUCUGUCCAACCUGUCUUUCUCCUUCAGAGGAAUGGAGGCCAUCAGAGAAGCCAUGCAUGGAGCAUUUCUAUACCAUGCCAUCAAGGAUGGUAUGGAUAUGGGAAUAGUGAAUGCCGGGAACCUUCCGGUGUACGAUGACAUCGAUAAAGAGCUGUUGUUACUGUGUGAGAACUUGAUCUGGAACAGAGACAGUGAUGCUACCGAGAAACUACUGACCUAUGCACAGAAUAAUGCAAAAGGAGGGAAGAAGGUGGUUCACACAGACGAGUGGAGACAGGGGUGUGUGGAGGAGAGAUUGGAGUACGCUCUCAUCAAGGGUAUAGAGAAGUAUGUGUUGGAAGAUACAGAGGAGUGCCGGUCCCUGACUGACAGGUAUCCUCGGCCACUUCAUGUCAUUGAGGGCCCGCUGAUGAGCGGCAUGAAGAUGGUUGGAGAUCUGUUUGGAUCUGGGAAGAUGUUCCUGCCUCAAGUGAUCAAGUCAGCUCGUGUGAUGAAAAAGGCAGUGGGACAUCUGAUUCCCUUUAUGGAGAAGGAGAGAGAGGAGAUGAUGGCGUCUUCUGGGGCAAGUGAGGAUAUUGAUCCCUAUCAGGGAACCAUUGUUCUGGCUACAGUGAAGGGAGAUGUUCACGAUAUUGGCAAGAACAUUGUAGGUGUGGUGCUGGGCUGCAACAACUUUAGAGUGAUAGACCUGGGUGUGAUGAUUCCUUGUGAUCAGAUCCUCAGAGAAGCCAUCACACACAAAGCAGAUAUUAUAGGUCUCUCUGGUCUGAUCACCCCUUCUCUUGAUGAGAUGAUCUACGUGGCCAAGGAGAUGGAGAGACUGGGAAUGAAGACACCACUGCUCAUUGGGGGAGCCACCACAUCCAAGACUCACACAGCGGUGAAGAUUGUCCCUUGCUACAGUGCUCCUGUUGUCCAUGUUCUUGAUGCCUCAAGGAGUGUAGUGGUGUGCUCUCAGUUGCUGGAUGAGGUUGUGAGGGAAGAGUACUUUGAAGAGCUGACUGAGGAGUAUGAGGAUAUCAGGCAGGAGCAUUAUGACUCCCUGAAGGAUCGUCAAUAUUUGUCUCUUCUAGAGGCCAGAAAGAAGGGUUUACAUCUAGAUUGGCUCUCAGUACCGAAACCAGUGUGUCCUCAGUUCUCAGGCACCCAUGUGUUUGAGCAGUAUGACCUCCGUGACCUGGUCAACUACAUUGACUGGAAACCUUUCUUUGAUAUCUGGCAGCUGAGGGGCAAAUACCCCAACAGAGGUUACCCCAAGAUCUUCAAUGACAAGACUGUUGGCUCUGAGGCCCGGCGAGUUUUUGAUGAUGCCAGUCAGCUACUCAACCGCUUGAUCGACAGUCAAGGUCUGAAGGGGCGGGGUCUGGUGGGAUUUUGGCGUGCUCAGAGCAAUGGGGAUGACAUCAACGUCUAUGGUGAUGAUGUUAUACCUCAGAACAACACCCAACCCAUUGCCACCUUCUAUGGAUUAAGGCAGCAGGCAGAGAGGACCAGUGGCAGUUCAGAGCCCUACCUGUGUUUGUCUGACUUUGUGGCACCCAUAAGCAGUGGCAUUGCAGACUACAUUGGUGUAUUUGCUGUUGCUGUGUUUGGAGCUGAGGAGCUGAGUCAGCAGUUCCAGGCCCAGGGAGAUGACUACAGCAGCAUUAUGGUCAAAGCCUUGGCUGACCGACUGGCUGAGGCCUUUGCAGAAGAGCUCCAUGUUCGUGUGCGUAAGGAGUUGUGGGGCUACAGUACUGAGGAGGCUCUGGAGGCUGCAGACCUCCACAGAGUUCGCUAUCAGGGCAUCAGACCAGCUGCUGGCUACCCCAGUCAGCCUGACCACACCGAGAAGGCCACGAUGUGGAGCCUGGCUGGCAUUCUUGAGAAGACUGGUAUUGGUUUGACUGAGUCCUUGGCCAUGACGCCAGCUGCUGCAGUCUCUGGACUUUACUUCUCUAACCCUCAGGCGUGCUACUUUUCUGUGGGCAAGAUCACCAAGGAACAGGUAGAGGACUAUGCAAGGAGGAAGGAGAUGAGUGUGACGGAGGUGGAGAAAUGGCUGGGUCCCAUACUGGGAUAUAAUACUGAUGCAUAGAAAGCAGUCUGACAACACCAUUAGUGAUCUGGAAAAAGAGGGAUCACUCCAGGGCUGCAUUUCUGCAUAACAACAUGAAAUCAGAUUUAUAACUGACAUUUGUACCACAGUAGUGUACUGAAUAUGGUUAUCUAAACAGGGAGUAAAUGAUAACACCUGUGCUUCAGAAACAUUAUAUUUGCAUUUAAACCCACCUUGGCCCCUGUCACUGAAGUGGAUUUUGUGGAUUUUGGUCUUGAAAUGUACACCUCACACAACAGGUUGUGCAUUUCAGAAUGGCUCACUCUGGGUUAGUGUAUUAAAUCCAGUGAGCUUGACAUGAGUGAUUCAACUUCAGUUUUGGGCUGUAAGCUAUGCAAAUUAGGCUUUUACUCUCCUCACCUAUCCUCAGGUUCUAUACAGCACACACAUUUUCCCAACAAAAGUGACAAGACAGAUGGCUUCAGAUCAGAAUCACAUUUCAUUGUCUCUCUGAUAUUGAACACGUUAACUAGAUGACUACACUGAAUAAAAUCCAAGGUUCCAGCUUUGAGAUCUUCACUGCUGUUGGUAGAAUCCAUUAUCCAGAAAAGAAAAGAAAUUAUACUACACCAACAAAAUAACCACUGGAUAUGUUUGUUUGUUCUUUUGGCUGUGGCAGUUUCAAAACACUAAACCUCUCCCUGCUGUGAUUUAUUGUUUUAGAAUAAUUUGAGCAUCUGUAUGAGGAAGAUAAUUGGAUCUGUGCAUUCAGCUACUAUAAUUAUUAUUAUUAUUAUUAUUAUUGGUUGAAGUAGUAGUAGUAUCAUUCUAUAGAGUGGUUUUAAUAUCAUUUUUACAUUCAAAGCCACAUGUAACAUUUGAUUAAUUCAACCUUUUUUCCAUUGUUAUUUCAUCUGGAUUUGCUGAUUUAACUUCAAGUUGUUUUGUGUGUUAUCUUAUAAUUUGUGAUGGAAGUUGGCCGGUUGAUACUUGCUGAUCUUCUGUUUAUGAUGUACAUAAUUUUUGACAAGCAUGUAGAUGUAAUUUUUCAAUCAUUGUUUUGUACGGUGUUUAGUAGUACCACUGUUUCUACUUUCUUUCAGCCGCUCCACAUUACAAUUUAUGGAAUUUAUAGACAACCUUACAUUAAUAUUUUAUUACCAAACAACUGCUAAUUUUUCACACAUUGACGUAAAGCUGGUUAGUUUCCCACUGACAUCCAGUCAUAUGCCAUAUAUUAUCACCAGUGAUUAAGUGGUAAAUAUAAAUUAGGCUAAACUAUGACAUCAAGCUGGUGAUCAUCGCAGGGCAAACCUAUAUGAACAAAUGUUAAUUAAAAGUAAAUGCAAUCCGUUUUUCAAUUUUAUUCUUAAAAGCUUUUACUCCUAACCCUGCAUCAGUUUGCUGUGGCAUUCUAAGAAUUUAGACCCUAAUAUAGUGUAUGUCAGCUAAAUGAGGGGGUCAUUUCUAACAUUAAAAUUAAAAAGGUUGGUAAAGUUAGUUAAGAGGACAUUUCCCUCUACUACACCCCAGUUACUAAUAUUUGGAUUGUAUUUGGAUUGACUGUAAGGGUCAUGAAACAUUUGAUUUUGAAAAAAUAGCUUUUUACAAAUUGAGAUUAAACCUAUUCUGUUUCACAAUGAAAUCUGUAGUUUUUGACAUUUUCACCAUGCAGUAUGGGACAGUUGUUUUCUGCAAGACUGCAAGUCUUAGAAGCCCUUAACCUUUAGUUACAGUGUUUGAUCUCAGUUUGUAUGACACUUUGAUAGACAGAAAGUGGACACAUAGCCUAGUUUCUUAAUAGGUCUUACUAUAUUUGAUUUCGAUUUUUUCAUGACAAAUGAUUGUGCAGUUAAAAAAAACACCUACUGUUUACAUUUAUGAGUUUGUAAAAAAAAAAAAAAAAAAGAAGUUAAAUGAAUAAUUUGUUAAA